UGUGUGUGUAUGUAUGUGUGUGUGUAUGUGUGUGUGUGUGUGUGUGUAUGACGUAUGAUGAUGACAAUGUCGUACACUAUGCCGUUGGGGGUAACGGUAUCAUUUCGUGUGUCGUUCCGUGUGCUGUGAGGUAUCACUAGUCUGUCAGCUGUGUGUGUUGUCAUGAUUACGGUGACGGUACCGUUUCGUGUGUCGUGAGGCGGUGCCAUGAGAUGUGACCGACGUGUAGGCUGUAUAUAAUAUGUUAUGUGUGUCGUGAAUGGUGACGGUAUCGUUUCGUGUGUCGUUGUGUUUUCCACAGCUUCGGUCUGUCGUCUGUCACAGGCCGCUCUAUGAGGACACGGAGGGCGUGGUGAAGGUGACAGAGAAAUCGCUGCCACAUCUGAGAAACCCGGACAUCUUGAUUGGAGAGAAUGACCUCACAUCUCUCAGCUACCUCAACGAACCGGAGGUUCUCUACAACCUCAAGGUCCGCUUUGUGGAACAGAACCUGAUCUACACCUACUGUGGUAUCGUCCUGGUGGCCAUCAACCCGUACGAGUACCUGGACAUCUACAGUCAUGACAUCAUCCAGGCGUACAGUGGCCAGGACAUGGGCUCCAUGGACCCUCACAUCUUUGCUGUGUCUGAGGAGGCUUUUAAGCAGAUGUCUCGGUGAGUGGUGGUGGUGGUG